AUGAAAUUUUCGAUAAGAGAAAAAAGAUUGGAAAAAUUUGAGGAUAAAUUAAAUAAAAUUGAAGGUUAUUUGGAUAUAGUAACAGAAAAAAUUCAUUUACAAGAAACAAAACUCUUAGUGAAUGAAAAUAAAGUUAAGCAAUUAGAUUUAAUGCAAAGCAAAAAUAUGUUAAAAUUCGAAGGGUUAGCAGACGAAGAAGAUAAAUAUUUGCUCGAUAAAAUUUUAAAACUAAUUAACCAAGGUAUGAGAGUAAAAUGUGAAGAAAGAUACAUUAAUGAAAUAUAUAGGCUGGGUAAAUCAAAGAAAAACGAAAACGUACAAUUUGCCCCCAAAGGUCUACCACAGUAUUCAAGCUGUGGAUAUGCCACAAAAUCGUUUGGGUGUUCAACGUUAAAGAAGUUUCACGAAUCUUUUUAUUCGUCUGAAAAUAAGCUGAUCAUGUGUUGCCCAAAUCGAAAAAAAGUUAGAAAAAUAGAAGUACUUACUAAACCUUCACAGUAUGUUGAUAUAGUAAGUGAAUCUGGAUCGGUUUUCCAUUUAGACGAAGACUGUGAAGUCCAUGACUGGAAAGAAGCAGUUUCAGAGCAUCUGACAUCUACUGCCUCUUGGAAUUUUCCAUUUAGACAAACAAAAAGAUUUUACCUGACCCGUUAUAGAAGUGGUAGCGUUUUCAUAAGGGGAGAACCCUAUUAUAGGAAUGAUCUUAAUACCGCAAAAAAUGUUUUUAAGAAAGGAAAAACACCUAAAACUAUUCGUCCAAAAUUAAUUAAUCGUUGUAAUAAUCGCAUAAGUAAUCUUAAAACAAAUAAUGUAAAAAAACUACUUAAAAAUCACUUUGGAGAGAACUGGAGAGAGCUACAGGAGUUGGCGUUCUACAACGAUGUUAUUGCUGAAGAAACAGUAAUAACAGAUCCACAGGAAACCAAUGACGAUGACACAAACUGCGAAUUUGUUGAAGAGUUACCAGCUGUUUUGAUUUAG